AUGGUUCAAAAUGCGUCUAUGAACUGUGUAGUGUUCAAGAUAUAUUAUCUUCCUAUGAGUUUAGAUAUCCACCAGUUUUAUGAACAGUGUGGGAUUACCCACAAAACUCCUCCAAAGCUCCCUAAAGAUGGCGCUCAUCCACACUCAGGGUUUUUGUCCCAAAAGUUGGACCAAGAGGACGGAUUCAUUCUUUAUCCAGUGCGCGUAUCAUUAUAUUUUCUGGUUCAUGUUGAUGGAUUCGCAACAAUUUAUCACACAUAUUUGAUGCCAGAUAAUGCCCAGAUGACUUUCCAGUUCAUAUACUCGCACGAGCCGCCCAGUCCUGAAGACCAAUGGAUGGAGAUUACAGUGGGUCGUAAGACCUUAACAGAAAUGAUGUCAGCGCUUUUCAAGGCAGGCACCCAUGAAAUCUUCACUGCCAUCACUUCACUGAUGGGUCAAUUUAUGGACCUGAGGUAUCUCACACGUCCUUAUGAAUUUAAAAUCAAGAUGACACUAAAGAUUCAGAUUUUGCUAGAACUCGGAUGCUAUCGACGUAGUUCAUAUAGCACAAAUCACAAGUUGAAUAUAUAUUCCCCCUGGAUGGAUCUGAUGGCCACAUUGAGAUCCUUGACGGAAGAGGAAUAUGCCCAGGCUUUAAGCCUCUACUCCAUACAUCAUAACCCUGCGUUAGAGUUAACUGAAUCUGACCUGCAGAGAAUAGCUAAGAAGAAGCCUGAGAUCCUCAACCUUCCAAAUUAUAAUGCGUUCGGAAAGCUACCUGCCCUUCUCGACGCCGACGCAUUCGCCUUAGCGCAGGCAUCCCAAAGGCUCAAUGCUGCACUGAGCCCAACCAACUCCAUUCUCAUCGGCUCAAAUACUUUGCGAGAAAAUGAUGAUGGGGCACAACUCAAGAAAGUCCAAAGUAUCAUCCAAGACUGGGAUACGAAAACACCACCCGUACUGGGAAGAGACACGGUCGUCCGGUACUAUUUCCCCAAGCUUCAAAAGCUCGGAUGGGGGGGCUAUUCGGACGUCACAGAGGUCACACAAGCCGAGUUAGAGCUCCGCUCGGCACUAUCAGUGUUUGAACAUGAUUUUGAGUGUGGCGCACCUGAACUUUUUGAAACUGAGAUUGCAGUACCUUAG